AUGGCACUGCGCACCGGGAGGACUUGGUUUGGGCAGGUCUUGCGCAGGGUCUCUCGGCUGCAGGGCUCCUGGUCCAGGCGAUCGAGCAGUCUCUUGUGUCUCUCCGCGAACCAGGAGCAGGAUCUGGGGGUCUGUCACCACAGGGAUCACCACAAGGCGGGGGAUUUCCACCGCUGCUCCGACUCCGGCGUCCACCGCGACCACCGUCACCGGAGCGCACCUUUCUGCGCCUCCGCCUCCAGGCGCUGUCCACACGGCUUCCCCCACGCUUGCUGCGCCUUCCCGGGGAAUCCGAGGGGACAUGAGCCCCUCGGUCGCCGGUUCCUGUUGGCCAUGAAGCGGCAAAACGUGCGGACCUUGUCCCUGAUCAUUUGCACGUUUACAUACCUGCUCGUCGGGGCCGCCGUCUUUGACGCCCUGGAGUCUGACUUCGAGAUGCGGGAGAAAGAGCAGCUGGAAGCCGAGGAGAAGCGUCUCCAGGGGAAAUAUAACAUCAGCGAGGAUGAUUACCGCAAACUGGAGACCAUCAUCAUGGAGGCAGAGCCCCACAGAGCCGGGGUGCAGUGGAAAUUUGCAGGGUCAUUUUACUUUGCCAUCACGGUUAUCACCACCAUAGGCUAUGGGCAUGCAGCGCCGGGGACCGAUGCAGGGAAGGCCUUUUGCAUGUUUUAUGCCGUCCUGGGAAUCCCUUUGACUCUUGUCAUGUUCCAAAGUCUGGGCGAGAGGAUGAACACUUUUGUCAAGUACCUCCUGAAGCGUAUAAAGAAGUGCUGCGGCAUGAGCAUCACCGAUGUGUCCAUGGAGAACAUGGUGACCGUGGGGUUCUUCUCCUGCAUCGGCACGCUGUGUAUCGGUGCCGCUGCCUUUUCCCAUUACGAGGACUGGAGCUUCUUCCAGUCUUACUAUUACUGCUUCAUCACAUUAACAACCAUAGGCUUUGGGGACUUUGUGGCUCUCCAAAAGAACCGGGCCCUCCAGAAGAAGCCCCUGUAUGUGGCCUUUAGCUUCAUGUACAUCCUGGUGGGCCUGACAGUCAUUGGGGCCUUCCUCAACCUGGUGGUGCUCCGCUUCCUGACUAUGAACAGCGAGGACGAGCGGCGGGAUGCAGAGGAACGGGCCUCGCUCGCCGGCAACCGGAACAGCAUGAUCAUCCACAUCCAGGACGAGUCGCUGCAGCGUGGCCGGCGGCGUCGUGAGCCGUACCGGGCGGAGGUGACUGAUUUGCAGUCGGUCUGCUCCUGUAUGCACUACCACUCGCAUGACUUCGGCAGCUCUGGGGGAGGGAUGGGUGGCCUGGGCUGUGCCUUCUCCCAUCAGAACUCGUUCAGCUCGCAGCUGAACCCCAAUCAGUACUUUCACUCGGUUUCCUACAGGAUCGAGGAGAUCUCACCCAGCACCUUGAAAAACAGCUUCUUCCCUUCGCCCAUCAGCUCGGUGUCUCCGGGCCUCCACAGCUUCACAGACAAUCACCAGCUCAUGAGGAGAAGGAAAUCUAUCUAA